CCCCACAAAACAAUUGUUUCAAACUACACCCAUGCGCCCAGCAGCUGUUAUUGAUUAGAGGAGCGAUAAAAAUCCAGUGAAGCGCAUUUAUUAACAAUAGGACAAGCGCCACUAGACUUUAAAGUUAUCUAACAUCAAUCAAGCGGUUGGAGACAUCUACAGUGCUUUUGAAGAGCGGCCACCGGCAUUCCUAGAACCUUUAGUAGCUGAAACAUGGCCAAGCUGGACGAGCGGAUCGGUUUUAUCGGGGGCGGAAACAUGGCCUUUGCCAUCGGCUCCGGCCUCGUCCGUUGCGGGAUCGUCAAGGCCAGCCAGGUGGUGGUCUCGGGUCCGCACAUCGAGAAUCUGCAGCGCUGGAGGGACCUGGGCGCCGACACCAGUGACGACAACAACCUGGUGCUGGAGCACACAGACAUAGUCUUCAUCUGCGUCAAGCCGCACAUGCUCGCCCCCUGCGCGGCGCAGCUGAAGUUCAAGCACGUGCCUUCCGCCAAGGACGCCAACAAGCUAAUUGUCUCGGUACUGGCUGGCACCACCCUUCAAACGCUGGAGGAACAGUUCGCCUUCAUGCAGAACUCCGGCCUGAAGGUGAUUCGCACCAUGCCCAACACAUCCAUGCAGGUGGGCGAGGGCUGCACCGUGUACACGGGCAACGCGCGGGUCACACACCACGACCUCGAGAAAAUUCAUCUCAUGCUCAACGCUUUGGGGCUGGCCCAGCAAGUGCCCGAGACUAUGAUCGACGCCGUCACCGGAGUGGCCGGUUGCGGUCCGGCCUUCGUCUACACCAUCAUCGAGGCUUUGGCUGACGGCGCUGUAAAGCAGGGGGUGCCCCGGCAGAUGGCUCUGCAAUUCGCAGCUCAAACUCUGCUGGGAGCAGCCAAGACCGUGCUCAUGACCGGCAAGCAUCCGGCUGUGCUACGGGACGAGGUGUGCUCACCCGGAGGUUCCACCAUCGUGGGCGUUCAUGAGCUGGAAAAGGGAAACCUGAGAGCUACGUUGAUAAAUGCAGUGGAGAAAUCUUGUCAGCGGUCCGCUGAACUCGGAAAGAAAUGAAGCGCUCCCGGUCUCCAGCUUCCCAUCUUUGGCUCUCUACACUUAAUAUUGUUAAUAGAAAACGCUUCGUGUUGAUAUUAUAUUACUACUAAUGUAAAGCUUCAA